UGCGUCUUUGAGGAAUUGUGUUGUUGUUCCUGUGUCAAAGACUGCUAACAGGCUACAAUAGCCGUCGGUUGCAGAUAGCCGAACAAUUCAGCUUUAUCAAAGACAAAAUUUCACGUCAUAUCGGAUUUUAAAACCUUUAAACAAAAUAUUUCAUCCAAAGACGACGUCGAGCAGCAUUCAACGAAAGAAAUCACGAGAAUAUAGCCGGAUAAUUUAACGUCAACUGCUUAGCAAGCUCUCGUUAGCGUCGUCUGUUUGAUAGCAACGCUAGCAAGGGGACCGACAUUAUAGUCACAAAUUGGUCUUGUUAACGUCCCGUGCCUCUGUAGAAAUACUUGGGUGUCUAUAUAUGUUGCAGUAUAUUUGACUGUUUAUCAUUUUAAAGUUUGUUAAAGCGGGUCUCAGUUGCAAGCGCAAGAGAUUGGCCGGUUUGGUAGCAGUUGGCUUUUUUUCUUAUUUGGGAUAUUUUUUCUGGUUAUCUGCACUCCAUACACCUGGAAAUGAAUUCAAACGUGGAGAACCUGCCUCCCCAAGUCUUGAGACUUGUCUAUAAAGAGGUUUCUGCUUUGGCAGCAGACCCUCCAGAAGGCAUCAAAAUCUACCCCAGUGAAGAAGACAUAACUGAGCUUCACACUGCUAUUGAGGGCCCAGAAGGAACUCCUUAUGCAGGAGGAAUAUUCCGUAUGCGUUUGGUUCUCGGCAAAGAUUUUCCUGCUGCACCUCCCAGAGGCUACUUCCUCACUAAGAUUUUCCACCCAAAUGUUGGGCACAAGGGUGAAAUAUGUGUUAAUGUACUGAAGAGGGACUGGAAGGCAGAGCUGGGUCUGAGACAUGUAUUGCUAACCAUCAAGUGCCUUCUGAUUCAUCCUAAUCCAGAGUCGGCUCUGAACGAAGAGGCGGGAAGGUUGCUUUUAGAGGACUAUAAAGAGUAUGCAUCCCGUGCUCACCUUCUAACAGAAAUCCACGCUAUGGGAGGCACGUCGGGGGCUCCUCAAGAGCCAGCUGAUGGACCCCAACCCAAGAAACAUGCAGGAGAUCCAAAUAAACGUGUAGCUGGGGUUGGUUUGGCAAUAUUGGGUGGUGGUAUUAACGGCUCAAAUAACAGCAGCAGCAGUGGCACAAGCAGUAGCAAUACUAAUAUAGUUGCAAAGAAGAAAACCGAUAAAAAACGAGCACUGAGGCGACUAUAAAAGCGUGAAUCUGUUUUUGUGUACAUAUAAAUGUUGAAGUGUGCAGACCACCCUUUCCUCCUCCUCAAACUGUCUUUCCAUUUUAGGAUAGCACAUUCGUUUUAUGAUCCUACCUGACUGCUCCCUGUGUUCGUUUUCUCUUCAGUUUAAACUUACUCUCAGGUCUUGAACUGUCCUUGUGACAAUUCUUUAUUUCAUUCAUUAAUGGGGUUUCCUCUGUGUUUCCAAAUGUUACAAUUGUUCAGAUUAUGAAAACAGUAGUUUUUGAGAAAGAUGAUUAUUAUAUGUGGCCUCUAGAAUUAUGUAAUGCCCAUCAGUGAGAUUUCUAGCUAUGUUUGUCUUGUUUCCUUGUCUGCAAGUUCUAGGAAACAGUGGCUGCUAUAGUUCCCUGUAUCCCCCGUACCGGUGGCUAGUACUAUCAGCACAGGCUUUCUAUUAAUACACAAGUUACCUUGCACAGAAUUGAAGUGUUUGAAUUUUGUCUGACAAGUCAGCUUAUGAAAUUUUUCUUCUGUGUCAGUUAAAGGAAUAGCUCACACAGAAAUGAAAAUUCUGUCAUUGUUUACUCACCGUUACUCUUGUUGCUUUAAACCCAUGUCUGUCUUUUGUCUAACUUAAAAGAUUUUAGGCCCUUCACUUUCAUUGUAUGGAAAAAGAGCCUCAUGAAUAUUUUUAGAUAUCUCAUGUUCUACAGAACAAGGUAAGUACUGAUUUGUAAGAUGUGAUGGUGAAUAAAUUAUGACAGAAAAUUCAUUUUUAUUUGAACUGUCUCCAGAUGCAGGAUAUGCGUGUUGUUCUUCAGGGGAUGAUGAAUGUUACAUUGCAAAGGAUAAUAUUGUGUAUGUUUGUUACUUAAAAGGGGGAACAGAGGGGUGGGGGUAAAAUGUGGUCUGAAUAUAACUGAGAUGUUUUGUUAUUUGCGAGUUUCAUGCUUUUUUUGUGUGUUUGUGUUGUAUCAUUUCCCAUUUUUACUUUUGUAGUCCACUUUUCAAAAAGCCUUUUAUUUUAUUUUAAGUGAACAGCUACAUUUUACCUUACACUUUGAGGCUGGAGUUGGAGUCAAUAGAAAUGUAGACCGGUUGGGGUAGAGCAAGGGGGCAACUAUUUAAUCAUGAGGCUGAAAGAUACUUCUGGCUCAUCUUUCAAACAAAGUGUCAUAUGAUCUUUGUCCAAUCAGCCAUGUUAGAAAAACUAACACGGCUGUUUCACUGUUUGGAUGUCGAAUUUUUGACUACUUUUUAAUAUGACCGCAGUUGCACUUUUCUCUAGUCCUACUGGUCUCUCAAUCAACAAGCCUCUCGAGGAAUCUGGGGCCUUCAGUUCCCAAAGAUCUUGUCUAACAAAAUGUUAUGAAUGUUGGGCAGGAUGUACGUGCAGAAAGAUGUUUGCCCAUGUGUAAAAUCUUGUGAAUGAACAAUAGGGCAUUUUGUGGCCAUUUAAGUUAUUUAAAUUAAUAAUAAAGGAAUUUUAGAAAGAAAA